CAAUAUUUAUUUAUUUUAUCGGCACUCCUGUGGGUACAGGCCUUACCUCCCACGUACACGUCAUUCGGUUAAAAAAAUAAAAAAAAGACUUUACAAAUGGAAACACCACAACAUUAUGAAACAUAACUGAAUGUUCCGGACGUUUUCAGAGCAUCACAGCACAGCGGUGUACAGGUGUUCACUACUCAGCCAUGGAUACCACCACCUCCCUGAAGAUGACCUCCAUGGCCGUCCAGAGCCUAUUCAGCUACGUGGAGGAGGAGAACCUGGCUGCAAUCAAAGCUCAUUUGGACAAGUUCAGAGAUGUGGACAGCAGAAGUGAUAAUGGACAGACUCCACUUAUGGUGGCUGCAGAGCAGGGCAAUCUAGAGAUAGUCCAGGAGCUCAUCAAAAGAGGAGCAAAUGUCAACUAUGAUGAUGUUGACUGUUGGACCGCUCUAAUCUCAGCCUCUAAGGAGGGUCAUAUCCAGGUAGUGAGGGAACUGCUGGAUAACGACGCCAACAAGGAACACCGAGACAUGGGAGGCUGGACUGCUCUCAUGUGGGCCGCCUAUAAAGGUCGCACAGAUGUGGCACAGCUGCUCCUGGAUAAAGGAGCAAACCCUAACAUCACCGGCCAGUAUAGCGUCUACCCCAUCAUUUGGGCGGCGGGUCGAGGUCAUGCUGAGAUCGUCCAUCUACUGCUGCAGCACGGAGCAAAGGUCAACUGCUCAGACAAGUAUGGCACUACUUCGCUGAUCUGGGCUGCCAGGAAAGGUCACUAUGACAGUGUGAUGCACCUUCUCGCCAAUGGAGCCGAUGUGGACCAGGAAGGAGCUAACUCCAUGACAGCUUUGAUUGUGGCAGUGAAAGGCGGCUACACCGAAGUUGUCAAGGAGCUGCUGAAGAGGAACCCAAAUGUCAACAUGACAGACAAGGACGGCAACACCGCCCUGGCCAUCGCCGCCAAGGAGGGUCACACAGAGAUUGUCCAGGACUUGCUGGAUGCUGGCACUUAUGUUAACAUCCCAGACAGGACUGGGGAGACCAUGCUGAUUGGAGCAGUGAGAGGAGGCCAUGUAGAGAUAGUUCGAGCGCUGCUGAACAAAUACGCAGAUAUUGAUGUCAGGGGCCAGGAUGGUAAGACCGCGCUCUACUGGGCGGUGGAGAAAGGUAACGCCACCAUGGUGAGAGACAUCCUGCAGUGUAACCCUGACACUGAGAGCUGCACCAAGGAGGGUGAAACACCGCUUAUCAAAGCCACCAAAAUGAGAAACAUUGAGAUAGUAGAGCUGCUGUUGGACAAAGGAGCCAAGGUGUCAGCUGUGGACAAGAAAGGCGACACACCCCUCCACAUCGCCAUCAGGGGGAGGAGCCGAAAGCUGGCUGAACUGCUGCUGAGAAACCCCAAAGAUGGCCGCCUGCUUUACCGCCCAAACAAGGCUGGAGAGACGCCAUACAACAUUGAUUGCACCCACCAGAAAAGCAUCCUGACUCAGAUAUUUGGCGCCAAGCAUCUGUCCCCCACUGAGUCAGACGGGGACAUGUUGGGUUAUGACCUGUAUAGCAGCGCUCUUGCCGACAUUCUCAGCGAGCCUACCAUGCAGCCACCCAUCUGUGUUGGUCUUUACGCGCAGUGGGGCAGCGGAAAGUCUUUCCUUCUUAAAAAACUGGAGGAUGAAAUGAAGACAUUUGCAGGCCAGCAGAUUGAGCCCCUGUUCCAGUUCUCCUGGCUUGUGGUUUUCCUUACCCUCCUACUGUGUGGCUCAGUGGCCGUCAUCCUGGGCUUUACUGUGGAUCACAAGCUGGCCAUUGCCGUUUCGCUCAGCUUACUUGCCUUGCUUUACAUCUUCUUUGUUUUGGUGUACUUUGGAAGCAGACGUGAGAGAGAGAGCUGGAACUGGGCAUGGGUCAUCAGCACCCGCCUGGCACGCCAAAUCGGUUACCUGGAGCUCCUGCUGAAACUGAUGUUUGUCAAUCCCCCCGAACUGCCUGAGCAAACCACCCGAGCACUGCCAGUCAGGUUCUUGUUCACGGAUUACAAUCGCUUGUCCAGUGUUGGCGGAGAGACAUCCAUGGCCGAGAUGAUUGCCACACUGUCAGAUGCUUGUGAAAGGGAGUUUGGCUUCAUGGCUACCAGGCUGUUCAGGGUUUUCAAGAAUGAUGAGAUCCAAGGUAAAAAAUGGAAGAAGACCUGCUGCAUGCCCUCCUUUGUGCUGUUUGCCUUGACGCUCUGUUGCCUCAUUGCGGGCCUCGCUCUGCUGGCAAUAUUUAAGGUGGACCCCGGCAACCUGACAGUGAAUGCAGUGCUGAUAGCCAUGGCCAGUGUGGUGGGCUUGGCCUUGCUCCUCAACUGUAAGACCUGGUGGCAGGUGGGUGAUUCCGUCCUCAACUCCCAGAGGAAACGCCUGCACAGGGCUGCCAACAACCUGCACCAGCUCAAGAGUGAAGGGUUUAUGAAGGUUUUGAAGCAUGAAGUGGAGCUAAUGUCAAAGAUGGCCAAGACCAUUGAUGGUUUCACCCAGAACCAGACACGGAUGGCUGUCAUUAUAGAUGGGCUGGAUGCCUGUGAACAGGACAAAGUGCUUCAGAUGCUGGACACGGUCCGUGUUCUAUUCUCCAAAGGCCCCUUCAUCUCCAUCUUUGCUAGCGACCCCCAUAUCAUCAUCAAAGCCAUCAACCAAAACCUCAAUAGCGUGCUGAGAGACUCCAACAUCAACGGCCAUGACUACAUGAGAAACAUUGUCCACCUGCCUGUAUUCCUCAACAGCCGGGGUCUCAGCACGGCCAAAAAGCUCUGCAUGGCAGCUCCCACCAACGGUGACAGCUUCGCUGCUGAAGGAUGGACUGAUGAUGGCGACAAGAAGAUGUCUCAAAAUAGCUUGGCUCCAGACCAGGCCAAGUUCGGCAGCAAGAACGCUCUCAACCGCAGGGACACAUACAGACGCCGACAGAUGCAGAGAACUAUCACUAGACAAAUGUCCUUUGACUUGACAAAGCUGCUGGUGACUGAGGACUGGUUCAGUGACAUCAGCCCCCAGACCAUGAGGAGGCUACUCAAUAUAGUUUCUAUUACAGGCCGUCUGUUGAGAGCCAAUCAGAUCAUCUUCAACUGGGAUCGUCUGGCGUCGUGGAUCAAUCUGACUGAGGAGUGGCCUUACAGGACGUCAUGGAUCAUCCUCUAUUUGGAAGAGACUGACAGUGUGUCUGAUCAGAUCUCUCUUAAGACCAUCUAUGAGAGGCUGUCCAAGAACAUUCCCACAACUAAGGAUGUGGAGCCGCUGCUGGAGAUCGAUGGAGACAUCCGCAGCUUUGAGGUUUUCCUCUCCUCCAGAACUCCCGUCCUCACUGCCAGAGAUGUGGAGAUGUUCCUGCCCUGUACUGUCAAUCUGGACCCCAAGCUCCGAGAGAUAAUAGCAGAUGUCCGUGCAGCCAGAGAGCAGAUGCACGUGGGAGGGGUUACGUAUCCCACCAUGCCCUUGCAAGAGGCAGUGCCCCGUCCGCAGGUGGGAUACGGCCAGCACGCCCCCAUCUGCUCGCCGGCAGGCUCCUUCGCUGGAUCCUUGCCUCCUCAGCCUCAUAGUGCCUACUUCAGUGGGAUGACUGGUCCUCAGCAUCCGUUCUACAAUCGGCCUUAUUUCCCCCAUCAUGUGUAUCACCUGCCAAGGCAUUACUCCCAUCAUGUUCCUUCAUCCUUGCGCCCUUCCAUUAAGCAUCCUGGUCAGCCAAAGGACAACACCGGUGGACUUGAUGCUAUAGAAGAGGAUGCCAGAGAAAGCCUCCCCUCUUGUCCCUCUGACCCCUCCAUGGGAUCUCUCACUAGUGCCUCUCCUGCCGUCCUACUCAGCUCUAUGAGCACGGACGCGGUGUGUGAGUGCCUCAAACACAUCGAUGGAAUAGACACCAACAUGCUGCCUCAGUACACCUCCACCAUCAAGAAGGCCAAUAUAAAUGGACGUGUUUUGGCUCAGUGCAACCUGGACGAGCUGAAGAAAGAGAUGGAGAUGAACUUUGGUGACUGGCAGCUCUUCAGGGGAAUGGUGAUGGAACAACGACAAACUGAAAGCCAGGCUCUGCUGCAGGAUGAGUCGCGAGCUCCUAGCGAGCAGGGCAACAGCGUCUACCAUGGAGAGCCCAGCAGACGCUCUGCGGGAGCCCAACGAGAGUCAGGGGCCUUCAGCCUCAACCUAAGCUUCGAGGAGCUUAGCGGAGCAGGCCUAGAAGAGCCUCCAAGACACAACAGCAGCUCACAGUGGCCUCCGGUUACGGCUCCCCGCACUACCAGCAUGUCCAGCCUCAUCUCCCAAGAAUCCUCCAACGACAUCGGCAAGCUGACCGCCAAGCAGCAGGCCGAGUACCAUGACGCUUACCGGGAGUAUAUUUCUCAGAUGUCACAGCUGGAGAUGUGCAGCGGGGAGAAGGAGAGGCCUGUGCAGCCCCACCCUGGACACUUUCUGCAGUCUGCCAGCUCAGAUGACAAAGGGGCCAAGGAAGGAGCUGACCAAGACGGCCGCAAGUCCUUCACCAAGAGAGUCUCCAAGGCAAGCGAGGCCACAGACGCUCCCUCAGGGGCCGAUGCCCAGCUCCUGGAUCCCAUCACGGAAGAGGAUGAGAAGUUGGACCACAGCACGAGUUCCAGGACCAACCCGGCUGGAUCUCGCUUCCGCAAGCUGUCUAGCGAUGAAGACUCAAGCCCGGAGGAGGCAGAUAACACCACACCUCUACUCCACAAAGAAGCCAAAGCAAAGCCCUCCAAUUUCCUCACCAAAGCAUACCUGGAUCAAUCCAGUGACAGCUCCCCAGAGCAGGCAGGAGGCGAGCCCGGCUUAGCGAAGGGUGCGAUGGAGCUAGAGCUGGAGGUCCUGGUGAAGAAGAGAGGCCUCCUCCCCAGCAGCCUGAGCGGCCUGCAGGACGCGACAGUAGCCCGCAUGUCCAUCUGCUCCGAGGCGGCGUCCGAGGCGAGCCUGAUGGCGAGCAGCCCGGAUGAAGGUUGGCCCGCUGGCGGGGUGAGCAACCUCAACCGCAGCGACAGCAACACCACGCUCAACAACAACAGCAGCGACGCCAACUCCAACGCCAACAACAGCAGCCACCAGCAGCAGGCUGCCACCUCCCCCUCGAGCGUCUCGCCAGCUGUCAUUAUCUCACCAGGCAGCGGCACCACCAUCACCACGGCCACCGUCCACCACAACCAGAACCUGCGUUCCAUCAGUCUGGGAGACGAGAGAGAGAGCGUCCUUUGAGGCCACAUACUUUCACUAUCAAUGUUGUCAAGUGCAAUAGAGGAAACGUAGAAUGUGUUAGCUAUUAGAAAAUUUGGAUUGUUAAUGGUGCAGUUGUGUCUUCAUUGUGGUGCUUGUUAUCCGUAGAUGGAAUGUUACAAAAAAAUACAUUGUUAGCUUGAAAAGAAAACGUAGAGGUAAAGGCGUGAAAUGGAUAUAAAUGUUUGUCAGUGGACCUUUCUUUCUGUUAAGCUAUUCGCAUGCACUCUCAAUGUUCCAAAAUAAUGUUCUCGCAUCUAAACUAUGUCAAAUUGUGUUAUUUAAAUCAAUACACCUUUUUUUGCUGUCAACUCUUGUACUGACUU